AUGGCCUGGCAAGUCAGGUUCACGAGGGACGGCAGACAGCGCCUGGCCGGUGUACUCCGAGCGCUGUUGAUAGCGCAACUGGCUAUAUCAUUGGUGAUGGUCAUCUUCUGUUAUAACGUGACCGUCAAAGUAAUGUCGCUGUUGAAAAAUAUUCAUAAGGUAACAGUAAUGCUGUUCUACGCCCUUCUACUACUUCAUGCGUAUUGCAUGAAGCUUCACUACACGAGCGGUUUCCGUCUCAUCUCAUGGCUACUCCGGUGUCCUCACUGGCCUCGAGCCGCGCCAGUCACCCGUCUUUGGCUCAUCAGCGGUUGUUUAGUCGCUCUCAACGGCCUGUUGGUUCAUGCUGCUUGUAAAAGCACGCUUAAAGCAUUAAUGAAAGAAUUGUCGUCGUCACUACGAAUUGGUAUAUCACACUACCUAUCGGAGCCUACUUGGAAACGAAUCAUGGACACCAUGCAGGUAGAACUAAACUGCUGCGGCGUUGAGAGUCCCAGCGAUUGGCACGAGAUCCCCUGGAUUAAUAUGGACUUUCUUAAUGAAGAUUCAGAACUUGUUAUGAAGUUAUCAGGAACUGAUGGUAAAGCCCUACCACCGGUGUCUCCUUACUCUUGCUGCUCGCCCCAUGUGCUGGCCGCAUGCUGCCACGACCCGUUACAACAGUUUGAGGGUUCCUGGUGGGGCAGCGCGGCGGGUGCUACUCUUAGUGCUCGCUCGUGUCGUGACGCGGUGGGCGCUCCUCUAGCUCGCGCCGCACUCGCCAUACAUACACUGAGCGCUCUUGCGCUUGUUCUGCAGCUGGUAGUGGUGAUGGUGACUCAGCUCGUGGUGCGGAGCGCUCUGCAAGCCGUCGCAAGGGGAGACUGGACCGGACAUCACGACCGGGUAAUAUAUUACUACAUUAUUAUAUUACUGCAGUAUUACCCGGUUGAUUACUGUUAUAUUGCACGCGGGAAAUUCCCCUCUUUCAACGAUUAA